AUGCCAUAUUGUAACCGAGGUAAGCAAGUUGCCAUGGAUUUUGCUGAUCAGCUUCCCUCCUACUAUCGAUUCUGUCCCACGGAUUCAGAGCUCAUCGUAGACUGCCUGAAUGCCAAGAUCGAAUCAAGAGAGCCCCCCAAGUGCCGGUUACACGAGGUCAACAUUUACAACCACAUGCCGGAAGAACUCGCAGAAACAUAUCGGUCCCACGAGAAUAAAUGGUAUUUUCUGACUUCUCGGGAUCGAAAGUACCCAAGAGGUAAUCGACCUAACAGAGGUGUACUCGGAAAACAUGGGUACUGGAAGACUACUCAAAUACAAAAGCCGGUGUAUGAUGCCACGUCUGGAGAAAUGGUUGGCUACAAGGGAACUCUUGCGUUUUUUGAUCAGAAUGAUGACAAAACUAUGUGGCUAAUGCAUGAAUAUACAACCAACGGACCCAAUAAUCUUUCUUUUGAAAACGGAGACAAGUUGAACGAGUGGGUGCUGUGCAAGAUUUACAAGAAGGUACGAACUGCUAAAAGAGAUCGUGAGGCGGAUCAAGAAGUUAGGAAUCCAAAGGAGGUGAUGGAAGAACCCAACAUAUCUUUGCCCAAGAGACGAAGAGUAUUAGAAAAUAAUGAAAUCAGCUUUUCAAAUCACCAACCCCAACAAGUUGACGUUCAAGAAACUAAUAUCUAUUCAGAUACCUGUGUUGAUCAGAUGGUGGCAGCUGCCCACGAUCAGUUUGAUAGGAGAGGACAGGUUAACAAUGGCAACACCGUUGGCCAAAUCAGAAUGAACUCCAGCCCCUAUCCGAUUCCAAUGCAACUGAUUACUACCUUUCAAGGUUGGAGUUAUUUGAUACAAGCACCACCACCGUGCUAUCAGAAUCAGUUUACUUCGAAUGCAAGCAACGGUUGUCAGAUUUAUGAUCAUAGUGCUUCAAAUUAUGUUUCUAAUAUUGGACCAGCUGCUUCCUCCUCACAACCACUAGAUGACGGUGCCUACAAAACGCCUAUUAGUGAGCAUGGUUUGAAUUCAAUACAACCAGUGCAAAUAAGGGAGUCAUGUUAUCACAAGAAUAGGCUUUCAUCGACUAAUGCAUGCGACGAUUUUCUGUUUUCAAAUGGUGCUUUGAAUUCUUCUUCUAUGGAACCACUUGAUUGCAAUGGCUACCCACUGGUCUUCGUUCAAAGUUCUUAUGAAGAUGCGCCAACCAUACUCGACGUGCAAAAUGUUUGGGAUCAAUCCGCUCAAGGUAAUGAUGCUGCAGACGAUUUUCAUUUUCCUGAUCAUGGUUACGAGGUAACGAAGAUAUUCGCUCCUGUUGAAGGUGAAUUGAGCUCGGAGAGUCUGGACAGUUUUAUAGAACAAUCCAUGGAGGUGCCUCAAGAUGAUACUGACACUACAAGAAUACUAAGCUAUGCCGACAACAUCUAUCCCGACGACAAGAGUCGUCGCUACAGUUGCGAGACAACAAUAUCCGCUCCUGUUGAAGUUGAAUGGAGCUCGGAGAGUAUGGACAGUUAUAUAAAACAAUGUAUGGGGGUGUCUCAAGAUGAUGAUGCUGAAGAUCCGAAAACCCAACUCAAUGUGCAAACUGGUUCGAAUCAUUACAUGGUGGACUCGUACGUCACGAAGAUACUGCUCUGA